CGCGCAAGUAAAACCAUGACAGGAGUUUAUGUAGCUAUCUUCGUGUACGUCUUGUUCGUUUGUACGGCUAGUUGUCAGCAAAUUUAUUCCGAUGACAAAAAUUACUGCGACCGUAAUGAUCAGACGAUUGAAAUAUUGAACGAAAAGAUUGAGUACUUACGACAGGAGAACGCGAAACAAAUAGAUUCCUUAAAACAAGAAAUCGCGCGGAUUAAGAAAAAUGAAACUAACAUCCACGAAGAUUUGAAGAGUAGUAUACUGGAAACCAUCAAGUCAGAGUUAUAUAAAGAUUGUAAGAACCUCUAUAUCCAUGGUAAUACAGAAUCUGGUGUGUAUGAGAUAUAUCCAUUUGGUAAUAACAGCAAGGUCAGCGUCUUCUGUGACAUGAUGACAGAAGGUGGAGGGUGGACAGCUAUCCAGAAACGUGUGAGUGGUUCGGUGUCAUUCGACAGAACCUGGACAGACUACAAGACGGGAUUCGGGAAUCCUAACGGAUCCUACUGGAUAGGAAAUGACGUUAUACAUCAACUUACUAAAAGAAGGAACUCCUCCCUCUACGUAUCUAUCACACUGACUAAUGGGACAAGGCUCUAUGAAUUAUACAACCAGUUCUCUGUUGCUGACGAAACCAACAACUACCGACUUUUUCUUGGCGGACCAGCUACCGGGACCCUGGGAGACGGCAUGAAUAGCGGCCAUGAUCUGUCUGGGAUGUCCUUCAGUACCCCAGACAGAGAUAACGACGGGUAUAGUAGAGGUAACUGUGCUGGUUUCAGUAACACUAGAGGAGGCUGGUGGUUUAACUAUUGUCACCGAGCCUUCCUUAACGGUCAAUGGUCCCCGGGGUCCUGGGUCUGGCCAUGGUAUCCUACAGUGACUGAUAGUACACAGAUAAAAGAGACUCUCAUGAUGCUGAAACCUACCUGACUUUUUAUAUCUUUAUAUCCAUACUUGUUCACGCAUGAUAUGGAAAGUUAUAUAUUUCUAUUAUAGAUGAUGAAAACUUUAUUGUUAGACAUAAAUGUUGGUAUAGAUGUUAUAUUACAUAACAAAUUUAUAAAUAUUAUAUCAUUUUGUGUAAUGAAUUUAAUGAAAAAUC